CAAGCCCAAACCCAUCAAACUGUCAUCUCCUAGCUCCGCUCCUCCCUAAACCCUAGCAAACCCUUAGCUUCUGCUUCUUCAAAUUUUAGCGCACUUUCAAAUUCGAGAUUUUCAAAUCUCGAAUUUGAUCACCAAAAAUGGAAGGUAUCGAAGUCGAUAAUUUACCGGCAAUGUCCACAACGGACGAUUUUUGCGAAUCAAUUUUAUCCCGCUUCUCAAAUUCUCCACAAGAAGAGCAUCAGCGCCUCUGUGCCGUCAUCGGCGCCAUGUCACAGGAGCUAAAAGACCAAAAUCUCCCUUCCACCACUCCUCUCGCUUACUUCGGCGCCGCUUGCUCCUCCAUCGACCGCCUACUCUCCUCCGCAUCCUCCUCUCUUGACCCUCAUGUCAUUGAUUCUUUCAUCACAAUUAUCUCCCUCUCCCUCCCCAAAGUUUCCGUCCCGUUAUUAAAUAAGAAACGCGAAUAUUUAUCUGAUAUCCUGAUUCGGGUUAUACAAUUGAAGUCAUUGACUAUUAGUGCAAUCGUUUCCGCUUUGAAAUGUAUCUCUCACAUGUUAAUAAUUAAAGAUACUGUGAACUGGAGUGACGUUUCCCAAUUGUUUAAUCUUUUGUUAGGGUUUAUUUAUGACUCGCGUCCGAAGGUUAGGAAGCAAGCAAACAUAUGCACACGAGAUGUGUUGCAAAGCUUUCACGGAACUUCGUUACUAGCACCGGCAAGUGAAGUAAUUACUAAUACAUUUGAAAGGUUUUUGCUUCUUGCCGGUGGAUCAUCAUCAGAAAAUGCUAAUAAUGAAACUGAUCAUGGGCGAGGUGGAGCUCAAGAGGUUCUUCAUAUACUUGAUACUUUUAAAGAAUGUCUUCCGCUUAUGUCUACCAAGUGCAAGACUACUAUUCUUAAAUAUUUUAAGACUUUGCUCGAGUUGCGUCAGCCCGUUGUUACAAGGCGUAUAACUGAUGGAUUAAAUGUAAUAUGUUUGCACUCUAAUUCUGAUGUUAAUGCUGAAGUGUUGCUUGAGAUUUUGUGCUCCCUAGCUAUGUUAAUCUCGUCGAAUGAGACAUCUGUUGAUAAUAUGAGCUUUACUGCCCGGUUAUUAGAUGUUGGGAUGAGAAAAGUUUAUAACUUGAAUAGACAAAUUUGUGUGGUUAAGCUACCUCUUGUUUUUAGCACACUUAAAGAUAUUUUGGCCUCUGAACAUGAGGAGGCUGCCUUUGCAGCAAUGGAAGCCUUAAAGAGUUUGAUAAAUAAUUGCAUUGAUGAAAGUUUGAUUAAGCAGGGAAUAGAUCAGAUUAUGACUAACAAAAACAUAGAACCCCGAAAGUCUGGACCAACAGUCAUUGAAAAAGUGUGUGCAACUUUGGAGAGCUUACUUGACUAUCAUUUCAGUGCAGUCUGGGACCUUGUAUUUCAAAUUGUUUCAACAAUGUUUGAUAAAUUAGGUAAUCAGUCUUCAUAUUUUAUGAAAGGAACUCUUAAGAACUUGGAAGAGAUGGAGGGGUUGUCGGAUGAAGAUUUCCCGCAUAGAAAACAGUUGCAUGAAUGCCUCGGAUCUGCUCUUGGUGCAAUGGGGCCUGAAACAUUCUUGAACCUCCUACCUCUCAAAAUAGAGGCUGAUGACUUAUCUGAUGUUAAUGUUUGGCUAUUUCCUAUCCUGAAGCAGUAUACAGUUGGUGCCCAGUUAAGCUUCUUUUCGGAGACUAUUUUGGGCAUGAUAAGUCAUAUGAGACAGAAAUCCCAAAAGUUUGAACAAGAAGGACGAGCUGUAUCUUCUAGAAACGCUGAUGCUCUUGUAUACUCUUUGUGGUCCUUGCUGCCUUCUUUCUGCAACUAUCCGGUGGAUACUGCAGAAAGCUUCAAGGAUCUAAAGCAAGUUUUAUGUCGUGCUCUUUGUGAAGAAUGUGAAAUUCGCGGAAUUAUAUGCUCUGCUUUACAGAUUAUUAUUCAACAAAACAAGAAAACUGUUGAAGAAAUUGAUGAUCUGACUGUUACUGACACUUGUAUUGCUAGACAACGGGCUGUAUCACGCUAUAGCCAACAGUUUGUAGCAAAUAAUUUGAGUGCAUUAAGGACAUCUGCUUUUGACUUUUUGACUGUUUUGUCAGGGAUCCUCUUGGACUUCCCAAAAAGAAAAAAGGAUGGUGGUGGUUUGCAGCGUAUCUAUGCUUGCCAAGAUGAUGGUGGUUGUUUGCAGUCUAUUAUUAGCGAGUUUGCUUCGAUAGCUGAUAAGGAAGUAGUUAAGAGGAUAUUCAUAAGAUCAAUGAAGAAGCUAUUGAGUGUGACUCAAAAGGCUGCUAAAGCUGGAGUUUCUGGAAAUUCUAGUUCUAUGCAGAUUGAUGACUCAUCAGAUGCAGAGUCAUUGUUACUAGAGAGGGCACGACUCUUUGAUUUGGCUGUUUCCCUUCUGCCUGGCUUGGAUGUUGAACAUAUUGGAGUUCUAUUUAGUGCAGUAACACCUGCAUUAAAGGAUGGUCAGGGCCUGAUCCAAAAGAAAGCAUACAAAGUGCUUUCAGUCAUUAUCCAGAGGUGUGAUGAAUUUGUUUCAUCAAGCAUUGAGCAACUGCUUCAACUAAUGAUAGAUGCAUUGCCUUCUUGCCAUUUUUCUGCCAAACGACACAGACUUGACUGUUUGUACUUUCUAGUUGUCCAUGUUUCCAAGACUGGAAAUUCGGAGCAAAGGCAGCAUGCAAUUCUUAGUGCUUUUCUUACUGAAAUAAUUCUUGCCCUGAAAGAGGCUAAUAAAAAGACAAGGAACAGAGCUUACGAUGUGCUUGUUCGAAUUGGCCAUGCCUGUGGAGAUGAAGAAAAUGGAGGAAACAGGGAGAACCUGCUUCAAUUUUUUAACAUGGUAGCUGGAGGCUUGGCUGGAGAAACUCCUCAUAUGGUCAGUGCUGCAGUGAAAGGUUUAGCUCGUCUAACAUAUGAGUUUUCAGAUCUUGUUUCUACUGCAUACAACAAGUUGCUUCCAUCCACAUUUCUCCUCCUCCAGAGAAGGAACCGAGAAAUCAUCAAAGCUUGUUUAGGUUUGUUAAAGGUUUUGGUUGCCAAAUCACAGUCUGAAGGGCUGCAAAUGCACUUGGGAAGUAUGGUGGAAGGCAUACUAAAGUGGCAAGAUGAUACCAAAAACCAUUGUAAAGCUAAGGUUAAGCAUCUGCUAGAUAUGCUUGUGAGGAAAUGUGGUUUUGAUGCUGUGAAGGCGGUGAUGCCUGAAGAACAUAUGAAACUUCUUACUAACAUUAGAAAGAUAAAGGAGCGGAAAGAGAAAAAGUCAUCAGAUCACUCUGAGGAUUCUAGAUCUCAUCUGUCAAAGGCAACUACAUCCAGGUCAAGUAGAUGGAACCAUACCAAAAUAUUCUCCGAUUUUGAAAAUGAAGACACACAGGACAGUGAUGCUGAAUAUAUGGAUACGGAGACUUUUUCAGGCCGACAAAGCAAGGGUUCCGCACUGCUCAAAUCCAAAGCUUCAUUGCGGUCAAGAAAAUUGCGGAAGUCGGGAAAGAGUUUGCCGGAAGACUUGGACCAGUUAGGUGAUGAGCCACUAGAUUUGCUUGAUAAGCACAAAACCAGGGCAGCUCUUCGAUCAUUGCAGCCCCUGAAACGGAAGCAAGAAUCAGAUGAUGAGAUGGAGAUAGACUCUGAUGGAAAAUUGAUAAUUCGUGAGGGGGGAAGGCCCAAGAAAGAAAAACCUCACUCUGAUUUAGAUGGGAGGAGUGAAAUUGGCAGUUAUGUUUCUGCGAGCUCCUCGAGGAAAACCCAAAAGCGUCAAAAAACAUCCGACUCUGGGUGGGCUUAUACCGGGAAGGAAUAUGCCAGCAAGAAGGCCGGCGGUGAUCUGAAAAAGAAGGACAAGCUGGAACCGUAUGCUUAUUGGCCCCUUGACCGCAAGAUGAUGAGUCGUAGGGCGGAGCAUCGUGCAACUGCUAGGAAAGGUAUGGCAAGUGUUGUGAAAAUGACUAAGAAGCUUGAAGGCAAGAGCGCAUCAAGUGCACUUUCAAUGAAGAAAAUGAGAUUUAAGACUCAAAAGAAGGGCAGCAAGAGAAAAGGCCGGUGAAGGCUGUGUAGUUGAAACAUGACCCCAGUGGUUAUUGACACUGCGGGUUUUGAGUUUUUUCAUUUUAUUUUUUUGUUUGUUUGUUAGGUUUCAUACAAAGUUGCCUGCUUUAGUUGAUGAUCUUUUUUGGGAUUGAUGAUCUUUUUUGGGAGGUGUAAUAUGUUUGUCUAUGUAAAGUUACCAGUAGUAUUCGGGUGGUAUUAAUCGUGCAACUUUUUGCUGGCAAUUUUUACCUAAUUAUUUUAUAAACUUCCAAUUUUGGCU